AUGGGUUCCCGCUGUGCCAAGCUCGGCACGGGCCACAGCCGGGGCCACGAGUCCUCCAUGAAGAAGCUUGUGGCCUGCGUGAGUCAGGAUAACUUCUCCUUGUCGUCAGAGGGCGAGGAAGAGGAGGAAGGCGAGGAGGAGGAGGAGCGUGAGGAGGAGGAGGCAGCAGAGGAGCUCCCGGUCCAGGGCAAGCUGCUGCUGAUGGAACCUGAGAAGCAGGAGGGGGGCCCUGACCGAGAUCGUGGUGCCCCUGCUCUGAGCAUCCAGGCCGAAUCCAUCCAGCACCAUGGCCAGAUACAGAUGUUGCCGCAGCCAAAGCCGGAGCAGAUGCCGCCGUCGGAGACGAAGAUGUCGCAGACGAAGGAGGCGCAGUUGUGGGAGGCGGAGGAGAAGUAA